ACUUCGCUGUCGCAUUCUGCACGGAUCGGUUGUGCAUUGCUCUCGCACAUUAAACCACAUUCAGUCGGCCGGUCGUCCGUCUGGCGCCAAUUUUUGGUCGUUUUUUCCGUGUGUUUUGCUUUGAUUUUCUUUUUUGCUUUUCUUCCAAGAAAAAAGAGAUUUUUUUUCAAAUAAAAAAAACCGUUGAGAGUGAAUUCCGCUGCAGAGUGUUCGGUGCUUGUUGUAAACUCAUAAAAUAUCACAUCAAUUGAAUAAUUGACAUCAUUUGCCUGGUGAAUAGAUAAUUCUUUCUUUUGCUUCCUCUCUUGCACGUCUCCUAGACACGAAGACAUCUCAAUUGUCUGCCUAUUGUGUUGGUUCAAAUUUCAAUGGACUCACCAACAUAUUUUUAUAUAUUAUGAAUUCCUGAAAAAACGAAUUAAUUAAGGCCCCUCAGCAGUAAAGCAUUUUGGCAUAAGAAAAACCACAAAAAUUUCCGCAGUGAUGACUUUUAUGUGCGAUUCUUCGGUGUUGUGAGACUUUGGGAUACUUUUUUUGUGAGUGUUUUGCCCGAAAAAGAAUUUCUGUGCACUCCCCGUAAUUGGAUACUCGGUGAUUGACGAAAAAGAAGUGUUGUGGCAAUUUUGUGCCAAAUUGAGGCUUUCGAAUUGAAUCGAACGUAAGAAAAGGGAAAAAAAAUGGCUGAGGAAAGUCUGCAGCUUCCUCCGGAGCACAAUCUCGAUUACCACAUCGUCUCCCUGUUUGAGCGUCUUGAGAAUCUGCGAAAGGAGCAGAAUCAGGGCGCCGUACUUGUGGUCGGGGGAAGAGUCUCACGGCCCAGCAUGCAGGCUGAAAUCCGCACCCUGGAGUUCUGGAGGUCCAUUAUCUCAGAAUGUAUCGCCUCCUUUUUCUACGUGUUCAUUGUAUGCGGAGCCGCAGCUGGAGCUGGUGUUGGGGCGAGUGUAUCCAGUGUUCUUCUGGCAACGGCUCUCGCAUCGGGAUUUGCUGUUGCCACCCUCACUCAGUGCUUCUCCCACAUUUCAGGAGCACACAUAAAUCCAGCCGUAACUCUGGCCCUAUGUGUCGUUAGGAUGGUAUCACCAUUGAGGGCAGCUAUGUACAUCACCGCCCAGUGUGGGGGUGGAAUUGCUGGAGCAGCUCUUCUAUACGGGGUGACUGUUCCGGGGUAUCAGGGUAACCUCCAGUCUGCAAUCUCGCACAGCUCCUCCCUAGCUGCCUGGGAGCGUUUUGGUGUGGAAUUCAUCCUUACAUUCAUCGUGGUGCUGGCGUAUUUUGUGUCCACCGAAUCCUACAGGAGAUUCCUUGGGGCCUCCUCACUAACCAUUGGAGCUGCCUACAGUGCAUGCAGUUUCGUUUCCAUGCCUUACCUGAAUCCCGCUCGAUCGCUGGGACCGUCAUUUGUGCUCAAUAAGUGGGACAAUCACUGGGUUUACUGGAUGGGCCCCAUGGUUGGAGGAGUAGUCUGUGGCCUCCUCUAUGAGUACAUCUUCAACGCGAAGCGAUAUCAGAAGCGCACAAAAGAUAGCGCAGACAAUGAUUCCUCAUCCCUCCAGUCUGAGGAUGAGAUGGACUAUCACGUGGACAUGGAGAAGCCAACGCUGCCGCUGCCCAAAUUCCACGGAUCCUCAUACAACACGUACAGAUCUGCUGGGGGGAUUCCCGCUGGGGGUCCACCAUACCCACAGAAUCUCUACUCAACAGCUCCAGCGAAUAAAAUGGAACCCAUCUACGGGGGCACGAGAUCCCUCUACUGCAAAUCCCCACCGCUAACACGUGCCAAUCUCAAUCGAUCCCAAUCUGUCUAUGCUAAGAGCAACACUGCCAUCAAUCGUGAUCUCGGUGGGGUUCCUCGUCCUGGACCUCUUGUCCCCGCACAAAGCCUCUACCCGUUGCGUGUAACCCAAACCCAGAGUAGCCAUUUGCAGAAUCAAAAUGUACAGAAUCAGAUGCAGCAACGUACUGAGAGUAUCUACGGCAUCCGUCAGGCUGUGCGUCAAAAUGAGAAUCAAACCUUUCAGCCCAUCUAUGGGACCAGAACAGCACCCAAUACGGGGGAUGGUUUGAAGUUUGACCGAGAAUCCAGGAGACCUGAUUCAGUUUACGGCGUUUCGGGUUCGCGAAAUCGCGGGCAAUCAGCUCAGUCAGAUGAUAGCUCGUAUGGUUCCUACCAUGGUUCAUCAUUAACACCAACUGGUCGCUCAGUGACUACGCAGCAACCCAAUGGAGAUAUUCCCUUGAACACUUACUCAUGCACACGUGGGCAGCAAACACAGGGUGAGCGAAAGGUGACAAACAAUGGGCAGCACCAGCAGCAUCAGCAACAUCAACAGCAACAGCAGCACCAACAGCAGCAGCAGCAACAUCACCAGCAACCAGGGAAUGGCUACGGGUGCCAAAAGCAGCAGCAGCAGCAACAACAACAGCAGCAAACGUGUGUUGGACCACCUCCUCCGCCACCACUCCAGCAUCAAUAUCUUCAUCCCAUAAGGCAGCAGAACUGAAUUGAGCUGCAAAAAAAAUAUUAAUAUUCCCCCCAUUCAUUAAACCCUGACCUUUAUACCCUCUAGUGACAAUAAGAUAAAAUAUUGAAAGGCAACAGUGGUGGACAGAAGAACAAGAACACCUUGAUUUUCAAGAAGAAAUAUCGCGGAGAUCGUGCAAAGAUCAAAGAAAUAUCACGGAAAAUUGUAGAAUUAUUAAAAUAUUUUUGAAGGUUUCUUAAAUAUUUUUAAAAUUAUUUAAUUUUAUAAAUAAAACAGAUUUACUUCCAACAUUCUUUCUGAAAACUUUUUAAAUGAUUUUUUAAACUAAUUUUUUUAUGAAAAGAAAAACUGGAAAAUUAAUUGAAUAAUUGAAAAUUAAACAGAAAAAAUGAGGUCGAUUCUGUUAAAAAACUUUUCUUUUCUAUUAGAAUUUAUCAGUUAUUAGAUUUUGACAGUUUGUUUCUUUGUCUCUUUAAUCGUGUUUUUUAAAAUAAAAUUACGUUUCCAGAACUAUUUAAAGAACUUUCUUAUCUUUUUUUGUUUGUUUUCUGGAAUAACUAAUCCUUUGUUUUUUUCUUUCUUUCAUGGAAUGAGAAUAGAACGAUAUAAAAGUAUCAACUGUUAAAAUCUCACAAGAACUUUAAAGUUUUAAGGAAGGAAAAAAAAAGAUUUUUGACAGAAUAUUGAUCAGAAUUAAUUUGAAAGUCAAACAGAAAAGAAAAAUCAUUAUCUAAGAAUUUUAAUUAGAAAAAAUUCUUAAAACGCCUCUAAUUCUUUAAUUUAAAUUCUAAAACAUUCCUAAAAUGUUAUUAAAUUGAUUUAAUUUUCAAAAUUCAACACUUCCCAACGAGAACAUAAUGAAAAUUCCAUUUAGAUCAGUAACAAUGAUGCCCCCACAGAAAUUCCUAUUUGAAUAAUAUUCAUCGAUUAGCGGGAAUUUUCCAUACGCCAUCAAUGCUUUAUGUGGCUAAUCCAUUCCCCAAAAAGCCCCAAAUUGCAAAACUAAAAAUAGGAAAAUUCUCACAGCAGGAAGGGUUAACUGUGCGCGAUAUACACCUCGUGAUGAUUGUUCGAUUCUCACCGUGCCAAAGUUUAUUUAUUUACUUUUUCCAUAAAAGUAAUACAAAAUAGCGCUGGCGGGCAGAAAAAAAUCACCUCUCUUUGCUCUUUGCGUGAAAAUCAGUCGCGAAAAGUCGGGUAAAUAUUUAUUAACACCUCAUAUACCACGAAAGGAGAGUUAUGGCUGCUAAAUGGGGGCCACAGGUCUCAAGUUCAUCGUUGAACUCUUCAUGGUUUCCGUCGUGCUAAUCAAUUUGCUCACCAGAGACUUUGGGAAUUUUUUCCUCCUCCUUCUUAAAGAACAUAAAUUAGAUUGAGGUGUGACGAUCUUCAUGUUUGCCACUGUACGCAUUUUCUUUACAAUUUACAAUGUAAUAGCGAUCAGAAUCGCUCUCGUGGUAGUUAGAUGCGUAAUAUUUGAUUAUUUCCCAUGUUGACUCUAAUAUAUUAUAUUAUACACGAAAAAAAAUGUUUAGCUACAAAAUUAUUAUAUAUAUUCUAUUUAUAGGAAAAAAAAUCUCAUAUAUUGGUAAUAAAACCUAUGGACUGAUCUUUUUUUGGAAGACCUCUUACACAUCGAUUUAUCUAAAAAAAAAAGAUUUUUUCAAUUUUUUGUAAAUAAUUUAUUUCCUUGUGAGAUUGAUCAUGUGAAUUGAUUUUUUUUUGUAUUCUCCUCUCUGUAUAAGCUUGAGGUAAUAUUCUCAAUUUAUUUUUCGUGUAAAACAGCCUCUCUUUUUGGGCUUUAGCCAUAAAAUUAUAAUUAGGCAAGCGUGUGAGAUUUAGUUAGUAAUUAAUUUAUAGACAGAUACAAUGAAUAAUUAAUUUGUAAAUAUUUCUUUUGCAAUUCUCUUCCUUUUUCUUGUGACUUUGGAUUUUAAGUUUAAGUGGAGAGAAAUAAAAAAAAAUACACACACACAGCUGUAAAAGAAAAUAAGAAAAUAAACCUUCCCGAUAAA